ACGUAGACCUGUAGUAGAGUGACGAUAGAAAGUUUCUUACUUCGGUGUUGUUUUCAAAAUGGAUGUUGCUGAGCAGACUGUGCGGACAAACCAAGUGAAAGAUCAAGUUGGAGAGCGUUGUCAGAAGUUGUUUCAGGAUUUUCUGGAGGAAUAUGCUGUUGAAGGAGAGCUGAAGUAUUUAGCAGAUGUACAGGAUUUGAUCCGGCCAGAAAGGAAUACUUUGACUGUGAGCUUUGAGGAUGUGGAAAAAUAUAACCAGCAGCUUGCAACAACCAUUUUAGAAGAGUACUACAGAGUUUAUCCUUUCCUUUGUCGAGGGGUAAGAAAUUUUGCUCGUGAUCGAGGACAGAUUCCUCCAUCAAAGGAGUUUUACGUCAGUUUCACGGAUGUCCCAACAAGGUUGAAAGUGCGUGAGCUGACAACAGUGAAGAUAGGAACACUGUUGAGGAUAACUGGUCAAGUGGUUAGAACUCACCCUGUCCAUCCAGAGCUGGUCAGUGGAACAUUCAUGUGUCUCGAUUGUCGGACAGUGGUCAGCGAUGUUGAACAGCAGUUUAAGUACACACAGCCCUCUAUCUGCCGAAAUCCAGUGUGUAAUAACAGAGCAAGAUUUAUGCUUGAUGUUAACAAAUCAAAGUUUGUUGACUUUCAAAAAGUUCGUAUUCAAGAAACCCAAGCAGAGUUGCCCAGAGGGAGUAUCCCGAGAAGUGUGGAGAUAGUGCUACGAGCAGAAGCUGUGGAGACAGCUCAGGCGGGAGAUAAAUGUGACUUCACAGGAACCCUGAUUGUCGUACCGGACAUCUCACAGAUAUCACAACCAGGUGCCCGAUCUGAGACAUCAGCCAGACUGAAAGGUAAUGAGGGGUACGAGACAGAGGGCGUGCGUGGUCUGAAAGCCCUAGGAGUCCGGGACCUGACAUAUAAGAUGGCCUUUCUGGCAUGCACAGUGACACCUAGCAAUAGACGGUUUGGUGGAGGAGAUAACCGGGAGGAGGAAAUCACUCCUGAAACGAUCAAGAAACAGAUGACAGACGAGGAAUGGCAGAAAGUGUACGACAUGAGCCAGGACAAGAACCUGUACCACAACCUCUGCUCCAGUCUCUUCCCCACCAUACAUGGUAAUGAAGAAAUAAAACGUGGCAUUUUGCUGAUGUUGUUUGGCGGGGUGCCUAAGGUGACGACAGAGGGCACAAAUCUCCGUGGUGACAUAAAUGUGUGUGUGGUUGGUGACCCAAGUACUGCCAAGAGUCAGUUCCUCAAGCAAGUGGAGGAGUUCAGCCCACGAGCAGUGUAUACCAGUGGUAAGGCCAGUAGUGCAGCUGGUUUGACUGCUGCUGUGGUGAAGGACGAGGAGUCACAUGAGUUUGUGAUCGAAGCUGGAGCUCUUAUGUUGGCAGAUAAUGGAAUAUGUUGCAUUGAUGAGUUUGAUAAGAUGGACCCCAAAGAUCAGGUGGCCAUUCAUGAGGCCAUGGAACAGCAGACUAUCUCCAUCACCAAGGCAGGAGUGCGGGCAACGCUAAACGCCAGAACAUCAAUCCUGGCUGCUGCCAAUCCUAUUGGUGGCCGUUAUGAUCGGUCAAAAUCUCUGAAACAGAACAUCACCAUGACGGCGCCCAUUAUGUCUCGAUUUGAUUUGUUCUUCAUUCUGGUUGAUGAAUGUAAUGAGGUGGUAGACUAUGCCAUUGCCCGCCGCAUCGUGGACCUGCACAGUAACUGUGAGGACUCCGUGGAGAGAUACUACUCUGUAGAAGACAUCUCACGUUACCUGCUCUUUGCUCGACAAUUCAGACCUCAGAUUAAUGAGGAUGCUGCAGAGUUCAUGGUGGAGGAAUACAAGCGUCUCAGACAACGUGACGCAACCGGAGCAGCCAAGUCUUCAUGGCGGAUCACUGUGAGACAGCUGGAGAGUAUGAUUCGUCUGUCCGAGUCCAUGGCCAGACUGCAUUGUCAAGAUGAGGUUCAGCCAAAACAUGUGAAGGAAGCUUUCCGUCUGCUGAACAAGUCGAUUAUCCGAGUGGAGCAGCCGGACAUUCACCUGGAGGAGGAAGAGGAGGAGAACGAGCAGAUGGAGGUGGAGGAAGACCAAGAGAAUGUUGCCCCAGAGGAUGCCAAUGCCAAGUCUCCCGAGAAAGACUCCGGUGCUGUCACCAAGAAGGGUCUGAAGUUAUCGUAUGAAGAGUACAGACACAUGGCUAACCUAAUGGUGCUGCACAUGAGGCAAAAGGAGGAGGGCUCAGAAGAGUCAAGUGGACUACGUCGUAGUGAGGUUAUAAGCUGGUAUCUGAAUGAAUUGGAGGGUGAUAUUGAGACGGAAGCAGAGCUCAUGGAACGGAAAACUGUCAUUGAGAAAGUGAUUGACAGGCUUGUACAUCAUGACCAUGUGAUCAUUGAACUGAAGCAGACAGGACUGAAGGCUCGCUCCAAAGUCGAUGAAGAUGAACUGGUCAGGGAAGAUGACCCAUUCCUUGUUGUUCAUCCUAACUAUGUGAUUGAUGGAUGAAGUGCAGUGUACAUAACACUCCCAGUGACAUCAUAAAUUUCGUGGAUUUGUCCAUUCUUUGUAUCUCGAUACUGUAAUGAAAGUGUUGGUGGCCUUCUAUACUUCAUGGGCCAUUGUACAGUGCAAGUGACAUACGCGCCAUCGAAGUUGUCUCUCCUUCUGACAAAAGAAACCCAGAUAUAUGGUCAGUGAGAAGACUUGGGUGCAAUGCACCUUGAAUGGAUGCUGCGUGUCAACCUUAAACGUUGAUGCAACUUCGUCUAUCAUUGUCUCUAUGAUUUCAGCCACUUUCAAGGAAGCAGAGAACAGCAAUGUAAAUUGUGGGUUGUUAAUACUUUGUACAUUUACCAUAUCUGUCUUCACACUGAUGGAUAGAAAAUUAGUUAUAUAUUCUGUACAUAAUAUUUCUGGCAUUCAUAUAUCAUUAAACCAGAUAAGAAAACCAUGAAUGUUAUUUUGGUUUUAAAUUCUCACAUUUGAAUAGGUAACUAUAACAUCAUCAUGUGUACUUCCUGAAUAUUGGUUGCAGCAGUAGCUCUUCCAUGUAGCUCAUUAUAUCCUCAACAUAUAAAUAUGAAUUAAAUAUUUUCAUA